AUGGUAAAAAUUAUAACUACGACUAAGGCACAAGGAAGACCCCCCCGACUUAAUGAGUUGUUUGUGAAGACCCGUACAAAAAAAUCGGGGGAUUUGGUUGAUGAUCGGUCGAGAAGAACUAUAGAGGAGUAUCAAAGAUUGCUCACACAAUUUCUAGUUGAAAAUCCUCAAUAUACACCUGUUGGUUCUAAUCCGCUUGAUCCACGCGUGGAUAUGUAUAUUUGGAGCUUAGUCACUGGAGGGAAGGGACGUAAUGGGUGUUUUUUUGGUGUUGGUCCUUUGGCUGGCAACUACAGAACCGGAGAUAGAACUUUAUUUGAUAGAGUUGCAAGUGGGGAAGGAACGUCCCGUCCAACACAAUUGACACCUGAAAUGAUGGAAACGGUGAGGCAACUGGCUCUAACAGAGGCUAGACGAGAGACGGCGGAGCGUGAGGCGGCGUUAAAGGCCGAAUUAGAGGAAAUGAAAAAAAGACAACACGAUAUGGAGGAGCAAAUGAGACAAUUUAUGCAGUCCAUGAGUAGAAAUCAAAAUCAAAGAACAAGUGAAGACGAUGAAGAUGACGACGAAUUUGAUGUGUAA